AUGGUCGCUACCACACUUUUCGUUCUUGCUGCUGCCAGCCUCGUUAGCCUCUCCCAGGCAACUCCACUCGAGCCCCGAGCUGUUUCUUACAAGACAUACAAGGGCGACGGCACUGUCGCGAAGGGCUGGCCCAACACCUCCGACUGGGCUAGCUUUGACACCAUUUGGGACGUUAACAUCCCUCAAUCCGCUGGUGCUUGCAAAUGGCUAGGACUUACCCCCAACAGCGAUGCUGAGAAUACUGUGCUCAAGGCUGCCAUCAAGCAGGCUGCAUCCGACUCCGGUCUCGACGCCAGGUUCAUCCUCGCCGCCGUUGUCCAGGAAUCAGCUAUGUGCGUGCGUGUCAAGACUUCCUACUCCUCCACUCAAGGGUACCGAAACCCAGGUCUUCUGCAGUGCUUCAACGGUGACCACACUUGCAACGACGUCGAUGCCGGCAUCCCUCAACUGGUUCCCUGCCCUGAUGCUCAGAUCAAGGGAAUGAUCACCGAUGGUGUCGGCCUCACCACCAGCGACGGUCUUAAGCAAACUGUAGCACGAAGCGGCGCUAGCGAUGUCAGCAAAUACUACAAGGGAGCUCUUCUCUACAACUCUGGUGUCAUGCCAUCGUCUGGUAACCUGGGCCAGGGCCGCUCCAACCCUUGCUACUCCAGCGAUAUUGCCAACCGCCUGAUGGGCUGGGUCGCCGACUCUUCGCCUUGUGACAGGAGCACCGUUGGUAACUAA